AUGAAUCAAACUUCUAACAAAGAAUUUAUCAAUCUUCAAAGUUCUAACACCUCAAGAAACUAUUCUCACUGUUCAUAUAAACAGAAUUCUAAGUUAAUUUAAUAAAUGCCACAUAAUGAGUUUUUUAUGCAGUAUCCAUUCCAACCAAAAGAUUCAACUAAUUAUGACAUGAAUGGUUUUGAAUUGGAUAAUAGAGAUCCAUAAAAUAUUGAUUCUUAUUCAAAUCGAAGCAAAUAAUGCAACACAUAAAACAUGGUCAAUUUAUCUGUAUUAUAUUAUUUUAUCUAGGAAAGAAGAAGAAUUACAUCACCUACAACUAAAUAAAGGAGGAAAAAAACAAGAGCAGAGGAGAUGAUUAAAAAAAUAAUUGAUAAAUUAAAAAUAAGUUCUAAUGAAUAUACCUAAAGUUUUUGUGUAAAUCAAUUACUCCAAACAGGCACAACUUCAAUUAUUUGUGAUAAAUAAAAGGAGAAAAGAUCAAAACUCAAAUGGAUUAAAGAGUCUAUUAAAUUUCCUAUUGCUCGUUGUAGUAGGUUUAGAGAAAUAUAAAAAAAAAUUAUGUAAGUGUCAUACAUUACAAUAUUAAUCUUUUCCCCAUUAAUAUUGAUAUUCCCUUAGAACUAAGAAAUUAUAUUACUAAUGUUUGCUUUAUUAAUUCUUAGUGUUCUAAAUAAUAUCUUUAAUUUACAUACUACAUAUUAUUAAAAUGACGUUGAAAUUACCAAUCUCAGAUAAAUUCAAAUAAAUUACAUAAAGAGAUAUCUGAUUAAAGAUUUUUUAGUGUUUUUAUCUUUCAUCUUUAUGUUUCAAUUUUGUGAAACUGAUUAAUACAUGACAAUCAUUGGAGUUAUUGUUUUGAAUAUUAUGACAAUUCAAAAAGUUAAAUUACAUAAUCCUUUAUCAUAAUCACUUGCAGUUUUAUUAGCUUAUAGAUUUAGCAUUGGUAUCUGUUAUUGUCAUCUUUUUACGCUUAUUUAUAUUUCAUUAAAUCACUCAUAGAUUAUAUAUGAUUCCCUUAGUGUUUAAUUUAAAAUUUACUUAACUUACCUUCAUAAGUAUUUAGAUGAAUAUUUAACUAUCUAUGGAUCUUUAACUCAUGAAACAAGUUUUGAACUAUAAUUUGCCAUAUUUGUAUAAAUCAUCUAAACUUGUAAUAAAGUAACAGCAUUCUUAGACAUUCUAUUUUUUUUUAAUUUGAAUGUCGAUCAAUAUUUAUUUCAAAAACAUUAUUUUGAUUUUAAAGCUUUUCUUAAACAUCAUAAAAUAGAUGGUUAAUUAAAAAAAAAAGCUUUGAGUAAUUAUAAAUAUGAAAUGAAAAAUGAUAUAUAAUAUUAGAGUUCAAUAAUUGAUGCAAAAUCGAUUAAAUAUGUUAAUUGUGAGGUUUAAAAGAGCAUUGAAAAGACUAUAAAUGGAAAAUAUUUUUAGAAAAUAACCAUUUUUUAAAAAUUCUCUUAAGAUACAUAGGAAAGGCUAGUUGAAAAGAUGUAAUUUUAAACAUACUAACCAAAUGAAAUGAUAUUGAAAUAAAAUUAAAGUGAUGAUGAUUCACUAUAUUUAAUUAAUAAAGGAUAUGCUAAGGUUUGUUACACAGGAAUUAAUAAUGCUUAAUCAGGCAUAAAAUAGCUUAGUAAAUUUUAAACUUUUGGUGAAGUAUCAUUCUUUACUGGAUUACCUAGAACUAGUAGUGUGAUAUGUAUAGGUUAAGUUGAAGUUUAUAAAAUAACUAGAAAUGAUUUUUUAAAUGUUAUUAAAAAUAAUAGAUUAGAUUUAGUAUUAAUUAUUUAUUAAAUUAGGAAAUAGCAUCAUUACUAAGAGAUUAAAUACUUUUUGGAAAUGAUUAUGGUUAAAUAGGAUUAAGAUGCUUUUGUUGUAAUGCAACGAAUCAUUUAAUUUCCUCAUGUGAUAAAUUGCAUUAUAAUCCUAAUAAAGAAAAGAUCUUAAGCUAAUGUUCUUAUAACCAUAUUUAAUCUAGAAAAUUAUGUAUAAUUUAUUAUUUUUUAAAGUAGUUAAAAGAAAUGGUAAACGUACCUAAAAUAGCAGAGAUUAUUUAUUUUAAAUUGGAAUGGCUGGAGAAGAAUUUCAAGAAAAUAAUUUUAUAGCUGAUUCAUAAAUAUUAAAAGAUUUAACAUAUAACUAGAAUUAUUGGUCAUCUACUAAUAUUUAAUAAAAUUAAUCUUAAUAAAUAAGUUAUUAACCUAUUAUGCAUCGAACAAAGCAUGGUGAGAAAAAUAGUAUAUUACUCAGUAGUGAAUUAGAUGAUAUUAAGGAAUCUUGUCUUGAUAUUGAUACAAAUUUAAUUAAAAAGGAAAAAACUGUUUAUACUUAAUAAAAUCAAUUGCAAAUGAAAACUAUAAUUAAAGAGCUUGAAUGUGAAGAUGAAAGUUCCUUAUCCGAUUAUACCUAAACUAUUUCUUAAUAAUAAAAUAUUUAGUAAAUUCAAACAAGUAAAGUAAAUAAUGUUCAAGUAAAUAUGGCUGAGAAUAAAGAUAAGUUACUCGAUAUACCUAUUUUUGGAUAAAAUAAUAAUAUUUAAUAAUUAAACCAACGAAACAGCCCUAGAAAUUCUACUGUUUAUGAUUUAAAAAAUAAUAGACAGAAUAGAAAAUCAUUUAGUUAUACUCCAUAGCCAGAUAUCUCCAAAAAGUUAGAAAAUAUUAAAUGGCUUAGUAGAUCUAAUAGAUAUUUGGAUGAAACAGAUAUUAACUAAUAAGAAUAAAUUUAAAUACAAUAAAGAAAAAAAAGUCCUCCAUCUUAUAACCUUAAAUAAGAUGAAAACAUAUUUAUUGCAUUAACUAAUCUAAUACAAUAAAAUAAUUUUUCUGGUUUUUCAGAAGAUGAUGAAUUUGAAAAAGGACAAAAUUUUUCUAAGUAUUUUCCUUUCUUCAAUCCAGAUUAUGUAAUAAAAAAGUAAUAAUUUAUGUUUAUUUAAUUCUAGGUACAAUAAUUUGAAAUAAUAAUAAUUUUGUUUUAUCAACAAAAGCAAAUACACUUUAAGUUAUGUUCUUAGUGAAAAAAUUAAACGAAAACUGGGAUAAAAAUGA